CCUCCCCCGUUAGCUGUGACAAAUUUUUUACGACGGCUCUCGAUUUCCGUGUCGCAAAUUUUAUGAAUUCAUUGUUGGACGUUAAAUUGUAGUGUUUUGUAACUUUUUACUUUUGUCAGAACUGUGCAUCUUUCCUUCGCUCGUAGUACGGUACAUUGAUCUGAAUCCAUGCUGAGAGUAUUAGUAGGACAUUUUGAUCACUUACUGUGACUUACAAGCGCGGCUAACCAAGUGGUAAGUGCGGCUGAUCUUAUUUCUCGAAGAUUGUCCUGCUUGGGAGAACACUGCACAUCGCCACUGAGAAUCGCUUUAAGGAUCACCGACCAUACCGUCCAUACGUAUCUUGAACGUGCGGAUGUAAUAAGCCCAUUUUAUUUGGCUUCUGUCAAACAUGCCGAUACCUUCCGCCGUUAGAGCUGCCGCUGCAGCUCGAGAAAUUGUACAUCGAUUGCCUCCUCUGCCUACGAUCGGAGAAAUCCUGCGGAUAUACAGAUUACGUGCUCUGAAGCAGCUAUCGCAGAACUUUUUACUCGAACCCAAACUGACGAAUAAAAUUGCCAGAGCAGCGGGGAAUCUGGAUAAUUGUUGCGUUCUGGAGAUUGGACCUGGUCCUGGAAGCCUGACGCGAUCAAUUAUAAGUGCAGGAAACAUCCGUGAGUUGACCGUCAUCGAGCGUGAUGCGAGAUUUAUCCCUGUCCUUAACGAACUAAAAGAUGCGUCGGACACUUUACCUUUUCAUAUUAUCAACGAUGAUAUUCUUCGCACUGAUCUACAGGGUAUAUUCCCUGAAGAUACGGUGCGACCGUGGCUCAGUGAUGAGUUACCACCAUUGCAUAUUAUUGCGAAUUUGCCUUUCAAUAUCGCGACGCCUUUACUUAUAAAAUUUUUAAGCCAUAUGUCAUCAAAGACGGAUGUCUUUCGUUUUGGUCGAGUGCAGCUGACACUGAUGUUCCAGCACGAAGUGGCUCAACGUAUCAUCGCUGUUCCAGGCGAUCGCCAGCGUUGUAGAUUGUCCAUCAUGUGCCAAAACUAUUGUGAUGUCAAAUACGCAUUUCCUAUUCGAGGAACGUCAUUUGUGCCCAAACCCGACGUUGAUGCUGGAGUCGUCAUCCUUACACCACGAAAAGAACCAGCAAUAACACAGCCUUUUAAAAUGGUGGAAAAAGUUGUGCGAACGACCUUCACCAUGAAGAGAAAGCCCUUCGUAAGAGCCCUUGGGUACUUGUUUCCACGAAAAGGUUAUGAGCGUGUACACCAAGAACUGAUUGACAGAUCCCGCAUAGACCCACAGAAACCCACGAUGCUGUUAGAACUGGAAGAAUACCGUGAUCUACUUUGUGCUUAUGAAAAAGUCUGUCAAGAGUAUCCAGAAUUAGAUAGCUUUCGAUAUAUUUAAAGGAUUUUUGUUCCCAUCCCUUUUCUUUUAAAGUCGUUGUCUCGAAAUGUGCUACAGAAGUGACAGAACUGAUUGACAGAUCCCGCAUAGACCCACAGAAACCCACGAUGCUGUUAGAACUGGAAGAAUACCGUGAUCUACUUUGUGCUUAUGAAAAAGUCUGUCAAGAGUAUCCAGAAUUAGAUAGCUUUCGAUAUAUUUAAAGGAUUUUUGUUCCCAUCCCUUUUCUUUUAAAGUCGUUGUCUCGAAAUGUGCUACAGAAGUAGAAAACCACAGAUAUUUAUGUAUAUACCAAAUAAUUACAGGUCUGAGCAUUCAGGCCGCUCAGCUGUUGUUGAGAUUGGAAUGUGAAUAUCAAAGUUAA